AUUCUAUUUAAACCUACAGCCUCUAUCCCUCUGCUGUUAUUUUUCUCACUUCAUCAAGUCUCUAUCUUCCAUUCAUCUUUCCUCUCUUGCACUUGUUUUUUCUGCUGAAAAUACAGCACGACCGGAGAGAAUUGAAAUUAAGCUUCACCGUGCCAUCAUUUUUCUCAGAAAACCAUCUCCGACGAUCAUGACCCAGAGCGCCACCGUCAUGGUUUCACCACCACCACCUCUCAGGUAACUUCCGUUCACUCCCACUCUCUCACAAUUCACGCAUCUUCCCCUUUACCCUCACUUUAAGAAUCCUCCAUUUCCCAACUUUUCACACACACUCUCUCUCUGCCACUUUCCGUUACAUUUCAACUUCAAUUAGGUUAACUAACGCGGUUCCCGUUAUCACUCAUUAACUUUGACUCACUUUCUUUUUUCCCUGUAAAAGCUCUUUCUUAUCACAAUUCACAUGCUGUUCCAAUUCACUGGCUUCCUACAAUUUAAUUAAAAAUCAAAUCAGUGAUUUUUCCCUUCCUUCUCACUUAACCCACGAACUCCACCAGCUAAAUUUCUCACUGGAUCUGUUUUUGUUUCACUCUCUCUUUCUACUCAUUCUUCUCUACGACUUCCGGAUCCAUAACUGACAAACAAUAUUCUAAUCGAUGGCGGCUGAUGAGGCGUGGUGUGUGGUCACCGGAGGCCGCGGCUUUGCCGCACGACAUUUAGUGGAAAUGCUAAUCCGAUUCAACACCUACUGCAUACGCAUCGCCGAUUUGGGACCCACCAUUGAACUCGAACCCUCUGAACAAUUAGGCCUCCUCGGUCAAGCUCUACACUCCGGUCGUGCUCAAUACGUCUCCGUCGAUCUUCGCAAUAAGGCUCAACUCUUGAAAGCGUUUGAAGGAGUUGAAUCUGUGUUUCACAUGGCUGCUCCGAACUCUUCUAUUAAUAAUUAUCAGUUACAUUAUUCAGUUAGUGUUGAAGGAACAAAGAAUGUUAUUGAAGCGUGUGUGGAGUUAAAAGUGAAGAGACUCAUUUAUACUAGUUCUCCUAGUGUUGUUUUUGACGGUGUUAACGCACUUCAUAAUGGAAAUGAAUCAUUGCCUUAUCCAUCUAAGCAUAACGAUCAUUACUCGGCAACUAAAGCGGAGGGUGAGGCGUUGGUUAUUAAGGCUAACGGGACUGGUGGACUACUAACUUGCUGCAUACGCCCUAGCAGUAUUUUUGGACCUGGUGAUAAACUCUUGGUACCGUCAUUGGUUGAUGCUGCCAGGGCGGGGAAAUCCAAGUUCAUUAUUGGUGAUGGCAAUAAUGUAUAUGAUUUCACAUAUGUUGAAAAUGUGGCGCACGGCCAUAUAUGUGCUGAUCGAGCUUUAGCUUCAGAGGGAAGCGUUUCCGAAAAAGCUGCAGGACAGGCAUACUUCAUCACAAAUAUGGAACCUAUAAAGUUUUGGGAAUUCAUGUCUUUGAUUUUGGAAGGUCUUGGAUAUCAAAGGCCAAGAAUAAAGAUCCCUGCAUUUGUUGUCAUGCCAAUUGCACAUUUGGUGGAGUUGAUAUAUAGGCUUCUUAGCCCAUAUGGGAUGAAGGUGCCUCAGCUAACCCCGUCAAGAAUAAGGCUCUUAUCUUGCACCAGAUCUUACGAUAGCUCAAAAGCAAAGGAUCGCCUUGGCUAUGUACCCGUUGUAACUCUACAGGAAGGCUUGCGGAUGACAAUUGAAUCAUACCCACAUUUGAGGGCUGAAAAUCAAGUUACGUCUAAAAGAGAAGGUCCCUCCAAAGCUUCUGUCUAUCUUGGAAGUGGAAGAGUUGCGGACACUUUACUUUGGAAGGAUAAAAAGCAAACUUUCACCACAUUGUUAGUCUUGAUAGCAAUAUAUGUCAACUUCAUUGCAUCUGAGAAUACCUUCAUUACUGCUCUUGCAAAGCUUCUAAUUUACUCAUCAAUCGGUUUAUUCGUUCAUGGCAUUUUUCCUGCAAAAAUAUUGGGGUACACUAUUGAGAAAAUGCCCCCAUCAUGGUUCCACUUAUCAGAAGAUAGGUCAAAUCGAAUUGCUCUCAGAGUAGCCUCAUCUUGGAAUUUUGCUGUGAGUGCUUUAAAAUCUAUUGCAGAAGGGAAUAAUUCGGUGUUGUUCUUCAAGGUUGUUUUCUCUAUGCUCGUUCUUAGCUUCCUGGGAGCAUUUUCACUUCAUAACUUGUAUACUAUAGGACUUACCUUAGCAUUUAUAGCUUUCUACGUUUAUGAAAAGAAGGAGGAAGACAUUGACAGCAUAGUUAUAAAAACACAUACUUUUGGGUGCAAGUUGAAAUCUGAUAUCACAAAGAAGUUUCUUACUUCAAGGAAGAUUGAUUGAUAGUUUUUUUCCUUCUUUCGAUUCUGGUUGGUAAAACUGAUUGAUAGCUUCUAGCCCUAGAUUUUUCUUAGAUGAGUGGGCUGAUGCAUCUUCAUUUACUCCACGUCCGAGUUCUUUGUAUCAUUGUACAAUUAUUGUAAUGUAAUUUGAAAUUUUGUAGCAACCUUUGAGUAGGUCAAGAACAUUUUUCAGCUGAAGUAUAUACAUCCAAUAAAACAAACUAGUAGGUUUAGCUAUAAAAUCAUGUUGCAGAGCUGUUUCAAUUAGAUUGAGAUAGUUUUUCAACCAAAACCAAAUGUAAAUGUAAACAUCAUACUCAAAAACUAAAUAAAAUAUACAUUUUAAUUAUAA